GAGGGGGACAGGUUUGCUUUAAAAUGUGCAUCUGGUGCCAGUGAUGACAGAAUCUUCUGACUCGCAAAGAGAAAACAAGCUAAAGCUGCCAAAAUGGUUGAGUGGACAGACUUCGAGCGUGCCACCAUCAAGGACAUCUUCUCCAAGAUCGACUCUGGAGUCGUGGGUCCUGCAGCUCUUUCCAGGUGUCUGGUCGUUUACCCAUGGACUCAGAGGUAUUUCGGCAAAUUCGGAAACCUCUACAACGCCGCCGCGAUCACGUCGAACCCCAACGUUAGCGCCCACGGAAAAGUCGUCCUCGAGGGUCUGACCCUGGCUGUGCAGAACAUGGACGACAUCAAGGCCACGUACGCAGAGCUGAGCGUGCUGCACUCUGAGAAGCUGCAGGUGGACCCAGACAACUUUAGGCUGCUGGCCGACUGUCUGACCAUUGUGGUUGCUGCUCAGAUGGGUAAAGACUUCACUCCUGAGGUGCAGGCAGCUUUUCAGAAGUUCCUGGCUGUGGUGGUGUCCGCUCUGGGGAAACAAUAUCACUAGAGACUUGCAGCGGAACACGACAUCAUCACAUGAUCACCGAGUGUCUAUUUUAACCAUGUGUCAAAAGUAAAUAACGUUUUUGAAGUAAAUAAAUUGUUUGUGUGUUAUUAGUACCCAAAACAGUAGAAUAUCUAUUUAUUUCGUAUUAAUCAUUUUCCAGGUUUACCCUUAACACAAAAUUAUCUAUCUCUGUUUUCUCAGUUACCGUCAGUACUGUAAUAUUUGCUUCUGAAUGAAAAAAGAAAGAAACAAAUUUUAGUAGCUGUAACUUUAUUUUCUUAUUAGCCACAAUAUUAUCAUGCUUCACAUAACUAGUAGUUUGUUUUAGUCCAUGUGUCCUACAGUAUAUGAGUUUUUUUUUAUUUUAUUUAUGGUGUCAUUUGUAUAUUAUUUAAUAAGGAAAAGUCACUGAGAGCAACACUAAAGCAGCAGUCCUGCUGCCAUGAGAUGCUGCAAAAAGACCAAUGAGGCCAAAAGAGAAAGGUUUUUGCUUUAAGAUAAUAUUUAUUCCUAAUUAAUGCUCAGAUCAAUGUGCAUUUAUUCACAGUCAAGAAGCCGCACAGAGCAUCAGAGUAAGUAACCAGUAGGAUUUAAGAGACAUCACCUGUCUGUGUAUUUCAGACCCUGAUCUGCAGGGAUAUUUGUUUUCACUUAGUUGUCACACACUUAGUUGUAGCCUAGUCACAAAAUAACCACAAAACAAACUGUGCUGUAGUUUUCAGUUCAUUUAUUUAUUAAUCAUUGAGCAGCAACAGCAGAGGCUCCAGUCUCCAUGUUCUUCUCUUCUUCUCAUGCAGUUUAUCUGUAUU